AUGCCACCAAAAGGACAAUACUUUCGAUAUGAUGAUCCAGAUAAAAGAGAAGUUCUUAGACUCUGGAACAAAGCCAAGAAAAUAGAAAAAAAACUUUCGACUAGUCAAAUAACUGAAAGAACAUCAGUACCACCAACAACAGUUCGAAAAAUAAUUAAAACUGGUAAAAUUAUUGAAAGAAAGACAGAUGAUAAUAGAUUUAAACUUACUAAAGAUCAAGAAUUACUGCUUUGUGAUCAUAUAAAACAAAUUGGCUCAUCAGGUGGAGGUUUUACUAAAGAAAUGUUAAGUGCUGCUGCUGAACAUGUUAAGUCCAAAGAAGAAGAAGAGAAAAAAUGGAGCGAUUUUGUUUAUAGAACACCAAAGAAUUCGUCGGAGUUUUUUGAAAUGAUGUUUCAUCUAGGACCUAUACCUAAGAAACAUGAAACUUUUAUGAAAAAUUUGGGUUUGGAUUUACUAAAAGCACGAUCAUAUAUUGCUAGAUUAGAAGAUUCAAUCAUACAAAUGCAAGAGACGAUGAACGAGGUAGUAGAGGAUAAUGAAGCUUUACUUAGACGUUGGGGUUCCUGA